CCACCCCCCCACUCCUUUGAAACCACAUACUUAGAUUUUCUUGCCCCUGGUUUUCCCUAUUUCUCUUACAUUAUAGUAUACUGGAAACAAACAGAAACAUUCAUACUUAGAAAAAUUUCAUGGGAAGAACACCUUGCUGUGACAAAACACAAGUAAAGAGAGGGCCAUGGUCUCCUGAAGAAGACAACACCCUCAAGAACUAUGUUGAGAAACAUGGAACUGGUGGAAAUUGGAUUGCUUUGCCUCAAAAAGCAGGCCUUAAACGUUGCGGUAAGAGCUGUCGACUGCGAUGGCUGAAUUACCUUAGGCCUAACAUCAAGCAUGGAGGGUUCACUGAGGAAGAAGACAACAUCAUCUUAUCACUCUAUCAUAACAUUGGAAGCAGGUGGUCGGUCAUAGCUUCACAGCUUCCCGGAAGGACAGAUAACGAUGUGAAGAACUAUUGGAAUACAAAGUUGAAAAAGAAGCUUUUGGCAGCCGGAAAAACUAGCCCCUCUACCGCCACCGCCGCCGCCGCCACCAAUUAUGAUGUUGCGCCGCCCUCAUCGUUUCCAGUUGAUAUUACUACUCCUGAGAACAUGUCACCGUAUUUCCCAAUACUGGAGACGAAUUCCCAUCAACACAUGCUGGGUGCAGCUCAAAUACCUCUCCCGGAGCUCAUGGAAAUCCCCGAAAACAUCGAAAAUGCGUACACCUCUGGAUUGUUCCCUGCUGCUAAUCCAUUGCCUCAAGAACCGGUUUCGAGCCUGUCUCCGUCGUUCUCGCUGGACAACAAUGCGAGUGGAAGUUCAUCGUGGACGACAUCAAGUGAGGACGACAAGUUUCUGGCGGAAUUCGGGUCUGGAUUACUGCACUGUGAUGUUCUGAACUCCUUUGAUUAUCAAGAAAAGUUGAGUGAUGAUCAGAUCAACCAUCCCAGUUUUGCCUAUUACAGCAGCAGCUACUAUUCCGCCUCAAGUCUUGAAUGAUGAUUAACUGAGACAAGGGUAUUAUUACUUGAUGUAAUUGUAGGGUUUGUGUUUGUAGUUUGGUUGUGUAUGAAGAACUCAACUUGCAUGUGAAUCAGCUAAAGAUAAUUAACCUAAUUGAAUUAGCUAGUAGCUUGUGAUGAUCACCAUGUGUAGUAGUACUAUAGUUUGAUUUUUGAAUCUUGAUUAAUUGAAAAGUCAUAUGCAAGCUUUUCUGGUUAA